CCUGCAUCCAUUUUGUAUCGCAGUGCAUUCGUGUUCACGAUGUACGAUGAUCUCGAGUCUCAUCACGUGUCAUUAGAUGCGCAUAGAGCGUAGAGAACAUCGAUCGAGAAAACGAGAGUGUAGAAACAAUUUUUGUGAGUUUCGUUCGUUGUAUUAGCUUACACGUGAAAGCACGCUCUACAGCCGUGCUUGCGGUAAUUCGACAGCGAAAUCGCGGGCGACCGUCAGUCGCGAGCGGCCAUUUUGUAAGCGAUUCUGAUUUUUGAUUCCACGCUAUGGCAGAGGCCGAGGCGUUGUCACAGAAAAAGCAGCAACCGUUUCACCCGCAGCAACAGCAACUCGGAGCAGGCCCGAUGGCGAACAUGACGUGGCAGUACCCAUCUCCGAACAAUAUGCAUAUGUUCCCUCCAUAUGGCGGGCAUAUGUAUGGUCCUGGAUAUCAAGGUGUACCGCACCAAGGACAAAUGUUUAAUUAUUAUCCCUCGAUGAUGCCAGGAUAUGGUCAGCCUUUUAAUCCACAGCAAAUGCAGCAGCAACAACAACAGCAGCAUCAACAUCAGCAACAACAUCAACACCAACAGCAGCAACAGCAACAACAACAGCAACAGCAGCAACAACAGAAUAACAAUCAAACAAAGCAGCAGUUGCAUCAACAACCUCCUAUACCUGGAACCCCAAUGACCCUGGAUGAUGAAUCUGAUCUUCCUCCGUUGCCACCUGGUCCACCACCGGCGGUUCAACCAUCUCAGCAGCAGAACCAUGUACAACAGCCGAUGCCUUUUCAAGGGAUCAUGUAUAAUUCAUUUCCCUACAGCAAUUGGAAUAUGCACAAUGAUACCUCUCAAUACAAUGGGCAGAUACGGUUCAACUUACCGAAUAAGAAAACCGGCCUCGGAUACACGCCGUCCGGCAAUAGCGGUGCCGCGAAGAAAAAGCGUAAGCGGAACAAAAAUUUAGCAGCUCAAUUCAACAAUAGCUUUCAGGGAAACAACGUGACAAACGGAUCGUUUAUACCAAUGCCUACCACGAAACCGGCGGAACUGCCGCCUCUGCCGCCCGUGAAAUGCGAGGUGGCAGCGGCGCCACCGCCGCCUAGCGAGGAGCCGCCCGAUAGCACAGUACUCGACACUACCACUCCGGCAGUUACCGCUAAAGUGACUCCCAGCGUUGUUACACUACCAGCUACCAUCCCUUCUGUAACAGCUACUACCCCUAGCCCAGUGGGCGACUGGCCCGACAGUUUAAAAAACUACGUGAAUCGAUGUUAUGAGAAGUGUAAGACGACGUUUGACAAGGAUCAGGUUGAGAUCAUAAUGAAAGGCAAGAUCACACGUGCUGCGAACGACGGCUCGCUGUGGGUGAAGGACUGGGAUAAGGAGCAAUUGCCGUCCCUUCACAGCGAACGCAUGACUCUACAAAUCGCGAAGUCGCCGCUAAAAAUGCCGACUAUGGGGAGUUCACUGGUGAACGCAGUGGGGAACGCACAGGGAGGCCUGCGCAAGCCUGGCCUCUCCACCUCGCUCGGGGCUCGGCUUGGCGCGCGUCUCUCUGUGACGCACAGCAGGCGGUCGAGGUCGAGGUCGCGGUCGAGGUCUAGAUCGAGGUCGAGGUCAAGAUCCAAAUCAAGGUCGCGAUCCCGCUCGCGUUCUCGCUCACGUUCGCGCUCGCGUUCGCGCUCCAGGUCGACCCGUUCGCGUACACGUAGUCCGCCUGUUCGUCGGUACCGACGGAGCACUUCUUCAUCGUCGAAUAUUAGCGAUCGAGAACACGACUACAAGACGUUGAAAAUGAAAAAGUCCGCGCGCAACAAGGCCAAUCACGGCAGCAAGAAGACGAAGAAGACUAAGCAGGCUAAGUCACAUUUCUAUAGCGAGUUUGGUUUAACUACAGGCAACGCCGACGAGCUAGGCUCCAAGGAGAAGCUGCAGCAGCGCGCCGCCAGAUUUAACAACGGUAGCUCCCGGACGAUCAGCAGCAGUGUCAUUAGAGACGAUUCGGCGGAUUUCGACUUCACUGGACUUCACAUCGUUGGCACGUGUAAGGAUCUAGAGAAGCCUUAUCUGCGUCUUACCUCGGCACCCGCUCCUUCUGCAGUUCGACCGGUAAGUGUACUUCAAAAUUCUUUGGCCCAUGUCAAGAAACGUUGGCUAGCCGAGCAGGACUACAGAUACGCUUGCGAUCAACUAAAAUCCAUCCGGCAAGAUCUUACCGUCCAAGGUAUUAGGGAUGCGUUUACGGUACACGUAUACGAAACCCACGCCCGUGUAGCUUUAGAACGCGGCGAUCAUGAGGAGUUUAAUCAGUGUCAAACGCAGUUGAAGAUGCUGUAUCAGGAUUUCGAUGGCGAGAACCGAUGCGAAUUCGUCGCAUAUAGGAUACUUUACUACAUCUUCACGAAAAAUACUCAAGACUUAACAACAAUUUUAGCAGCACUCACGCCAGAGGACAAGGUCGACGAAUGCAUACAACACGCUUUAAAAGUACGCUCGGCGUGGUGGCUGGGCAAUUUCCAUGCUUUCUUCAAAUUGUAUAGGAAGGCACCGCGAAUGUCUGCCUUCUUGAUGGACUGGUUUGUUGCAAGGGAGCGGAAAGUCGCAUUGAAAUUCAUGAUAAAAUCCUACAGGCAAAAUUUGGCGGUACAUUUCGUCGUAGCGGAAUUGGCCUUUGAGUCUUCGGACAAGUUUUAUGAAUUUGUCAGUGAGUUCGGCUUGGUUUACGCCGAUCUCGCUCGACAGCUAAUCGACUGCAAGGCGAGCAGUGCUAAUCUAGGUGGUUGGUAGAUGGCCGCGCCGCUCUACUCUUCUACCUUUCCCUCCGUGUGACGGAAGAUUAAUGUAGCGCGAAAGAGAGGGUCGCAUACUCACAACGCAUACGCGUGUGCACACGCGCAUGUAAAAAAAAGAAAAAAACGAGAGUAUACUCUUCGACAACGCGCGCGCUUUAUGUGUAUAUGCAUAUGUUCCUCGACGUACUUGGCUCGUGUACGGCGCAUAUGCAUAUAUAUAUCUGUAUAGAUAAACGUAGAUACUUCGUUCCGAUGCGCUACGCGCGUUUCCGUCAAUUUCUCUCGCUUUCGGAAACUUCAUACGUGCCGAUUCCGCUUCGGAAACGAUAAUGAGAUCAUCGUCCCAUGGUACACCUCUCCCACCACCAUCGGACGUCAAAAUGAAGUCGGAACUUUUAUUACGGUUCCGGCUGCGAAUCCAAUAGAUUUGUACAUAAUACUUCUUCGUUCGGUCCCUUGCGCGCAGCUUGUACAUAUCGCAAGAGGAAUAGGCGAAUCCUGCCUGAAAGGGGCUCCAAUUGUACAAAAAUUCAGGAUGGACUGUUUCCGUUCAUCCGGCGCUACCUCAGUGAAAAAAAAGUUUGUCCUUCCUGAAACAAAAGUGAAAUAUUCGGGUACAACUCUCCGGGGAUCGAAUUUGCGAAUCACGAAGCAAACGGUGUUCGAGAAGUGAGAAACAUUCCCCGCUCGUUCUCGGCUCGACACCAAAUCAUCAUUUCAAUUCUUUCCGGUUAUUCGUAGCGUUACCCGCACACACGCUUUUACUGCCAGGUGCAUGCACGAUCGAUUUUUCUUUCAACUGCUUUACACGGACGGAAGCUGUAGCCCCGGAUCCCCGUGACGAGCCGUAACGGACAGAGGAAGGAUAAAAAGACAAGCCAGCCUCUUCACGAAGAGGAGGAUGUUUCCAAGAAGAUAUUUCCGUUCUUCGAUUUCACAGUCGAAUUUUGAGGAGAAGAUACCGCGAUGAUUGCCGAUGGCUCUUACACUCAUGGGAGACGGAAAGAUCAAUAGGAAUGAAUACCACAUUUCGGACAAGUUCGAAGAUAAUCGGAUUUUACCUAGAGAAGGUGAGAGAGAGAGAGAGAGAGAGAGAAAGAAAGAGAGCAAGAUAGAGAGAAAGGAGAAGAAUGGAACGUUAACAGGACACCGUUGGCUCGUUUCGCGACAUCUUCACUCGUGGACUAUUUUUAAUUAAAUGCACUUCCUGCGUAGCGAUACAAGAAGAAGGCGUCGUGAAGUCGAUGGUAAAUGCGGAAGACCGAAGAUCAAGUGGGUGGCUGUCGUUCCUACGAGUCUCGUGCGUGGGGUGUGGUACACUUUCUCAUCAUUGGUUCUCUCCCUACAUCGCCGAGUGAUCAGUCGUUGUAUAAUCAACGAAAUUGAGAGACGAUUAGUAAUGAGUGUCUAUUGAGCGCGAGAUGACGACUCUCUCGACGACGGUGUUGGAUCUCUUUUACUCCUUAAGGUUUUUCGAACGGUCGAGAGAGACGUCAUCUCGUUUUUGCCACGUGCGUAGAAGGUAUGAUUUUACUACGUGAUUUCAUGGACUCGGCAGGAAAGGGAAGAUCCAUAUUGUACGAUACUUAUUGGGAUAUGAUGUUGUGCAUAAUAAAUUAUUUAAUUUUC